AUGGAUAAAAUUAGAAAUGCACAAAAUGGGGAUUCUGAUAUUAAUUCAGUUGCUUUAUCUACAUCAACCGUUGGAACCUGCAUGUCAACAGUUAUUGAACUAGAAAAUGCAGUUUUUAUUUAUCAUAUUGAAUCAAGUGACUUUAUUGCAUCAGAUACAUGCUCGAUAACUGAUGCUCAUGCAUUUUUAAUGGCAAUAUUCAAGAAAGUUUAUAGAUUGGAUAAAAAACCAGUUUUCAAAAAAGUUUACUUAAUUGGUGGUUUGAAUACUGAUCAAUACGUCAAAUUAAAAAAUGAAAUUGAUCGAAUAGGUGAAGAUCCUUCAAUUAUUACAAAUGAAAAUCGAACAGCUCGAUCUGAUAGUUUUUAUUUAUUUAUUAAUUCAAUUAAAAUGAAUUUAAUUGAUUUUAAUAUAAAAUCGAAAACACUACAUGGUACAAAUAAAAGACCCUACGACAAUGAUAGUCCAAACGAUUAUAUCAUGGAUUGCACAGUAAUAUAUGAUCGUUCGUUUACUCCUUAUAUUUUUGCUGUGUAUCAAUUUGGUGGUCGAGAACAUCAAAUGAAUUGCAUUCGAUAUCAUUCAUUAUUAUUAGGAAUUUAUGUUAUUGACCAGGUCGAUGAUUCUAAAAGCAAUAGUCCAUAA